AUGAGAACGUGGUGGGGGGGGGGGUCAUGGCGCAGACGCUUGGCAGGGCGUAGGGGGGGGAGCGGGCGGCGGGAGGGGGGGGGAGAAUCCGUCCCGAAUGGGCACGCUGAGGGGGGGGGGGGUGAGGAGUAUAACCCGGGCAGGCGGUGGGGGGGGGGCGAGGGCGCCGUUUGGUUAGCUUCGGGUGGAUCGGGAUGGGUCGAGGUAGGAGAGAGCUGUGCAGGGGGGGGACCGGAAGGGGCUCCAGAGGCGGUCGUGGUGGGCGGGUGCGUGGGGGGUACGGGGUUUACGGCAGGAAAAGGCACAGGGGGCACGCCCGGGCGAGGGUGGGGGGGCCACGGGUGGGCUCGAAGACAUCGGGCCAGGGAAUGA